UGGUGGGUGUGAAGAAAGCGAGAGUUGCAAAGAUAAGAGAGAAAAUCAGAGGUUGAAGUUGGCAAUGGAACUUAAUUUUAAGCAUGUGUAAGGAAAUCCAAAAAUCCCAGCAAGCAGGCCAAUUAUGAGAGGAAGAUAGAAAUAUCAAUACCAAUGACCUGUCAAGACAGACUGACGAAACCCAAUCUUACUUUAAUCCAUCACUAGCAUACAAUUCAUUUGCCCAAAAAAAGGUUGCCUUGUUUUGCUGUGAUUUUAAUUCUUUUCCCUUUUGAAUAGUGGAUUCAGAGAGCUAUAUAAGGGAGGGAACACGCUGGCUGUGGGACAAAUAAUUCUCGAGGAAGAGAGCGAAUCGCUCUUAGUAGGAGGAGGGAGGGAGAACUGCCAACAGGUCCACCACCCGCAUCGCCGCUGCCAAGAGCAGAGAAUAAUGGAUGGGGAUGGAGAUAGAGAAGAUUCUUGGCCAAGAAAAGUUCAUGAUGAAGAACAGUUGGCCGUUGAGAUUCCUGAAACUGCUCAUCAGAUUAGCAGUGAUUCAUGGUUUCAAGUGGGUUUUGUGCUCACAACUGGUGUCAACAGUGCCUAUGUGCUGGGAUAUUCUGGGACCAUUAUGGUUCCUCUGGGUUGGGCAGUUGGUGUAGUUGGUUUGAUUAUAGCUGCUGCAAUAUCAUUGUAUGCAAAUUCUCUUGUUGCCAAGCUUCAUGAAUUUGGGGGAAAGAGACACAUUAGAUACAGAGAUCUUGCAGGAUAUAUAUACGGUAAGAAAGCUUACUCUAUUACAUGGGGAUUGCAAUAUGUUAAUCUUUUCAUGAUUAACACUGGAUACAUUAUUUUGGCUGGUCAAGCUCUUAAGGCGGUCUAUGUUCUUUUUAGGGAUGAUGAUGCAAUGAAGCUCCCAUACUUCAUUGCCAUUGCUGGGUUUGUAUGUGCUUUGUUUGCCAUUUCAAUUCCCCAUUUGUCAGCUCUAAGAAUUUGGUUGGCAGUUUCAACAUUCCUCAGUCUGAUGUACAUCAUUAUAGCAAUUGUUCUCUCCAUUAGAGAUGGCUGCAGAGCACCACCAAGGGACUAUAGCAUUACAGGAACAUCAGCAUCCAAAAUAUUUACAUCAAUUGGGGCAGGUGCUAGUCUGGUUUUUGCAUUUAACACUGGAAUGCUUCCAGAGAUACAGGCAACAAUAAGGCGACCUGUUGUUAGUAACAUGAUGAAGGCUUUGUAUUUUCAAUUCAUAAUUGGAAGUUUGCCAUUGUUUGCUGUCACUUGGAUUGGCUAUUGGGCUUAUGGAAAUUCAACAACCUCCUAUUUGCUUAGCAGCGUCAGUGGUCCUGUUUGGGUGAAGACAAUGGCCAACAUUGCUGCGUUCCUGCAAUCUGUCAUUGCUUUACAUAUUUUUGCAAGUCCAAUGUAUGAGUACUUGGAUACCAAGUUUGGGAUUAAAGGUAAUCCAUUAGCGAUCCGCAACUUGUCGUUUAGAUUAGGGGUGAGAGGUGGCUACCUAACCAUUAACACAUUGGUUUCAGCUCUUCUGCCCUUCCUGGGAGAUUUUGAGAGUCUCACUGGGGCCAUCAGCACCUUCCCCCUCACAUUUGUACUUGCUAACCACAUGUACCUGAGGGCAAAGAAGAACAAACUAACCAAUUUGCAAAUCCAAUGGCAUUGGCUAAAUGUUUGUUUCUUCAGCUGUAUGUCUAUUGCAGCAACAGUUGCAGCUCUGAGACUUAUAGCAGUAGAUUCCAAGACAUACCAUGUUUUUGCAGAUUUGUGAUGAUCAUUAUAAUGGGGAGAUUCAAUUAAACCCCUUUUCAGAAAUCAGAAAUGUCACUGAAAUUAAGUGACGUUUAGAUUUCUUGUUGUAUUUGGCUUUAGCUUGUAGCUUUAAGCACAGAAUAAAAUUAGUUUAUUUGUCAAUCAUU